UGAGCAAAGCGAGGAGGGUGCAAGCGCGCGGCGGGGCGGGGCACUCGCGCUGCGCACGCGCAGACGCUUCAGAACCGGAAGCAGCGUUGGGCCGGGCAUGGCGGCGGCUGCGGACGGCGUCCCUGCGACGCGACGCGAGGAGCCGGCUAGAGAUGAUGCUGCGGUGGAGACAGCUGAGGAAGCAAAGGAGCCCGCCGAAGCUGACAUCAAUGAGCUCUGCCGAGACAUGUUCUCCAAAAUGGCCACAUACUUGACUGGGGAACUGACAGCUACCAGUGAAGACUAUAAACUCCUGGAAAAUAUGAAUAAGCUAACAAGCUUGAAGUACCUUGAAAUGAAAGAUAUUGCUAUAAACAUCAGCAGAAACCUAAAGGACUUAAACCAGAAAUAUGCUGGAUUACAACCCUAUCUGGACCAGAUCAAUAUGAUUGAGGAACAGGUGGCAGCUCUGGAGCAAGCAGCCUACAAGCUGGAUGCUUAUUCAAAGAAACUGGAAGCCAAGUACAAGAAGUUGGAGAGGCGAUGAAAACAUGUUCGUAUGGAUCAGGUGGUCUGUCUGUCUGUUUGUUUUAAUAUGGAAGAAUGUUUUAUAACCACUAAUUUUUGAGGCUGACGAAUCAUCACAACUCCUCAAAAGAACUCUGUGGGGGUUAAUCCCAAAGCCAUGUAAUGCUGGAUGAACUGGAGGGCUGUGGCCGCUCCCGAGUCUCUUCCAAUGCGGCACCUCACAAACUCAGACCAGAACUCCUCCUCCCCCUUUGCUUGAAUGCCUGGUCAUCCAUUCAAGAGGGAAACCAGAGUGUACCUGGGCUUGCCACCAGAGUCAAGUGAAAGUGCUUUCCCUGGAAGUGGUCAGGUAGCACAUUAUUUUCUAAAUGGCCAGGGGCUUUUUGUUUUGUUCUAUUUUGUUUUCUAUUGAUGAUGCUAAUGUAUUGUUAACAAGAUUCUAAAUUAAAAAGGAAAACAAAACAAA